AAGGAGCCAUAUCUCCUGAAUCUACGCCAGAGUACUAAUCGUAACGAGGACGUGGUACCCACAGGACUUCCGCUCCGAGUAUAUCAGUUGGCACUCGUGCGGGGACUGUUGGGUGCGACACUUUUAUCGUUUUGUCAAGUGUUGUAGGUAAAGUAAGUUUUUAAAAGGUUCAAAUUACGAGCUGGUCGGAAUCUUUGGCUUCAUUUGCACUAUUAAGAUCGACGAUUACCAGAUGCGAUGGACAGUUAUCAAAGCGGUAAAAAAAAUACUGAUACCACGUGUGGUGCGAUGCCGUCCGAAGCACGCGACGGCGACAUAGGCUGCGAUGUCGAAGUGUCCAUAUCAUGGUUCAGGCUUUUGUGUUUUAUGUGUUCACCCUUUUGUCACAUAUACGACACGUUUUCCGACAUUAAGUCUGCAAAGGACUACUUUACGGACCAAGAAAUUGCGUAUGGCUGCAUAACGUUGACCUUCAUUGGAUUAUCGGGAGCCGGAAGUCUUCUAAUUUCUUCCAUGAUGAACCACCGAAAGCAGCGGCAGACUGAAAAGGAAAACGAACAGAUAUUUUCGUGUAGAAGAGGAGAUUUCCUUUUCGCCAUGAUUAACGUUCUGUUUGAUCUGAGGUUACUAUGGCAUUAUUGGAAGCGUUUCAGGUACGCAAUGAAUGUGAAACUGUUAAGAAAAUCCAAAAUGUCAGGAAAAAUCGACGAAGCUGCUCGUAUAAGUUUUGAUGAGGAACUCGAGAAAAAGAUUGAGAACCUAUCUGUACUCUGUCUGAUGCCAUCGUUUAUAGAAAACGUACCACAGCUGACUGUACAACUAGCAGGCAUGGUCCAGAAGGACAAACCGAUAGGAUAUUUAAUGUGGAUCAGAAUGACUGCGUUAAUAUUUGUCGCUGUGGAUUCGCAAGCCUAUUAUCUUUAUAUAUAUUCGGGUCGUUCUCGUAGAGCUGUACUAAAUAAAUGGUAUGUUUUCCGGAUUUGGCUGCAAUGUUACAUCAGCAUUGUCUGCUGGAUAUCAGCGACCACGUUUAUAGUGUGCAAAUGUCCAAUAUACAUUUUGUUGUUCAUCGUUUUCAUAUGGAUGAUAUGGGCUAUUUACAUCUAUAAAGUAAACUGCGAAAUUAAGGAACUCUUCAGCUGUAGAAACAAAGCUUCAUCUUGGAGUGCCUGGAGAGAUGUCGCUCUGCUCUUCUGUUGCGCCUUCCUAGCUUUAGUACACAUGUUCACUUUCUUGGAUUUUAAGAAUAUGUGCACUUUCGUUCGGAUGGGAUUUAAAAUUCUGAAAGUCCAAACGAUCCAAAACCCGAUGCCUUUAGACCAAGAUAUGGAGGGUUGGGUCGACGUCUCGAAUCGCUAUCUCUUGGAAGAACCGGAAGCCAAUUUUGGUUUAAGACUACUUGGAUCUGAUUUGCACUCACCAUUCUCACAAAUACUCAGGAGAAGAUAUGUACCACGGGUACAACUCACAGCCUAUAAAAAAAUAGUCGAAAAAUAG